UACUCAUGCCUUAAAAUUUCAUCUCGUUUCUCUUUCUUUCCCCAAUUCAUACCUCUUUAAUCUAUCUCUUUCUCUCCCAAUUAUCUAAACCUUUGUUAAGAUUAAAGCUUCAUUUCACAUCAAUCAAUCUUCUUCUUAAAUCUCCAAAUCAUGAUCUACUAUGUUUCCAACUCCAAUCAUACAAUAACCUCCUCAUCUUCUUAAAUCUCCAAACCUUCCAAAAAGAUUACGAUUAGUUCUAGGAUUUUACGGACUCAACAGUGUGCAAUUAUUUCAGAAGAGAGAGAAAACACAAUACAUAAAGAGAAAAGAAACACAUUAAAGUAUUAGUAACAAUACAAUAAUUUCUUGAUUUAUAUACAAUAAUUGUUAACCGUUAAGAAUAUAUUGGUUGGAAUAGAUAAUGAUUAAGUUAACACGAUAAUCUAUUUUUUACCAUUUAAGAAAAUAUAUAUCAUGUAACAAUAGUUAUUUUUAACAUCUUGCCAACCAAUUUAAAAAGCGAUAACAUGUUUUAUAACAGUUAACCAAACAUGUACAUGUUAAUAACAACAUAUUGUAUAAAAUGUAACUGCUAAGUUGUGACGUACAAUGUUAUAUGACUUGUUAGACUGGUAACCAAUUUCGUACCAUUUAACAAACUAUGUAUAAGCCAAUGUCAGCUAUUUAUUAAAAUCUUAUAAACCAUUUAAAAAUCUUUAACAUGUAUUGUAACAGCUAAGCAAAGAUUUACAUGCUCAUGAUACUCGCUACUGAAGUGUUAGCUUCGUGUUCUUUUUAUCGAUGUCGGAGAGAACAUAUCUUUCUGACUGUACAGCUCAUACAUACACCAGCAUCUGAAUCGACGAGAUCUAUCCAAUACGUACAGUGGUGGUUGAGACCGAGUGAACCGACGAAGAGAUUGUGGUAGACGAACUCAUGAGGUGAUAAAGAUAUAAGAUUUCCAAACAUCAAGUUCUGCAGAAAUUCAAUCUCCUCGGUUCAUGGUGAGAGAUUUGAUUCAAUCAAUGUUGGGUUUGUGUUAGGAUCUAAUCUUUUCUCCUACCAUUUCUAGAUGAACUCAUCGAAGAGAUCAUUUUAUUGGAUCCACAACUGUGGAUACAUAAAGAGAAAAGUUUAUUUGUAAAAAAUGGGUGUGAUAAUGGAUUAGAGAAGAUGAAAAAGAGAAAAAGAUUAUUAUUUGGCAAAAAAAUUUAGGGAGAUACAAAAAGGAAAAGGAAGAAGUAUGGGCAGGGGCUGGCAGGGCAGGGGCAGAGAGACACGGGGAAGGGCAAGGGUAGAGACAAAAUUGAGGUUUAGAAAUAUCAAUAGUGUUUAGGAUAUUUACCUAAUUAUGGAUUUUUCUAGGUAUAUGAGGCCUAAUUUCUCAAGAUUUUAAAUAGAUUAAUAACAUAUUUACCCCUCUGUUUCUAUUUUUUUUACAUUUUAACCCCAAUGUAUUUUCUGACAUUAGUCAAAAGUCAAAACACACCUCCACAUAAAUAGUCUUUCCCGUUUGCUUCUCUUUACGAACUAUUUUGGUCUCUCUCUCAUCAACAUAAUUUCAGACAAAAAAAAUAUGUCACGAGGAGCAUGCAAAAGAGUAAGCUUUAGUCCUAACCAAGAAGCCACUGAGGAACCUAUAUUCCAAAAACAUCACGACCAGAGAAAGGUAGUCCUCAUUGGAUUUCUCAGUUUCGGUCUCAAGGCCUCGCCUACUGGAAGGAAGCUCAUCCGACGUAUACGAGCUAGAGUCGCCAAAACGCUGCGUUCUAUGUCCUCCGGGAAGAGUACGACCGACAAUACGUCAUCAUUGUUGCUGUCUUCAUCUUCUUCUUCAUCGUCUAUUUAUAUGAAGAGGUCCAAGUCUCUAGCUGAGUCGGAGUCUCACAGAGCAGAAGCUAUUGAAGACUGCAUUGAGUUCUUGAACUCUUCUUUUUCACUGUCCAGAUCAAACUCUGUCUCGACGUGGUCUUCUUGAUUUGACCGGUUAGGAUUCGGAUCAAAUGGAACUCCUACUCUCCUUUUCCUCUGGUGAAAUGUUAAAAGAGUUGAGAAUUGUGAAUUGAGCAUUGUGUAGGAGUAUUUUAAACUACUUUUCAGUUCACAAAAAAUUACGAGGUUAUUGACCUCUUUUCAACACUCAUUUUGAAACCUUUUAACCAAAAAAACAAGGAAAAAAUCCAUUGCAAAUCAUGGAUCAAGUUUGCUGGGGAAAUAGAAAAUUACACAAUUCGUAUGUGUGUUCUUUGGUAUAAACACUAAGUUGUUUAAUGUUAGAACUUCCAU